GGAUCCUGUUGUCAUUUCUUUCCAAAACAUAUCCUGACUGUUCUUUAAGUCAUGGUCUCCAUUGCCACGGUGGUCCUUGGUGUCUCUGGACUGGCCAUCGUCGUUGUUCUCAUCACGGUGCCCACUGUCAUUUAUUUGAAGGAGGAGCAGGAUGGAACCGAAGACAGGGCAUCCUUUACAUUGAUGGAUGUCUUCAACAGUUCCCUCAAACCCAGGACUUACAGCAUGAGGUGGAUCUCAGACGACGAGUAUCUACAGAAGCGACAAGGCUCCGUCUAUCUCUAUAAUGUGGCCACAGGAGAGUCCUCCAUGUUCAUCAGCAGAGACCAAUUUAAUGAAAAAGGCGCUUCUGACUACCAGCUUUCCGCUAACCGCAGAUAUGUGGCAUUUAUGAGCAACCGCACCAAGCUUUGGAGGCAUUCAUUUACGGCUUCAUAUUCAAUCUACGAUCGGACUUUGGACAAAUUCUUGGAAGAUUCUGACCUUGCUCAAGAAGUCCAGUAUUUGGCAUGGGCUCCUGAAGGCAACAAACUGGCUUUUGUUAGGGAAAAUAAUGUGUACAUAAAGACCAGCCCAGAUUCACGGGUCCAGCAAGUUACAUUUAAUGGCAAGGAGAACCACAUUUUAAAUGGAAUUCCAGAUUGGGUGUAUGAAGAGGAGAUGUUCUCAUCCAACCAGGGACUCUGGUGGUCCCCGGGAGGAAAAUAUGUGUCCUACGUCGAAUUCAACGAUACAGAGGUCCCUUUCGUAGAAUACCCCUGGUAUGGGGAUAGUCAGUACCCCAGAACGGUUUCCAUCCCAUAUCCAAAGGCAGGUUCCCCCAACCCAGUCGUGAGACUAUUUGUUGUAGACACAGACAAUACAACCCAUAUUAGCAAAGUUCACGUUCCAGAACUCUUCCGCUCAAGCGAUCAUUACUUAGCCACCGUGACCUGGGUAACAGACCAGCGCCUUGCUGUCCAGUGGCUAAAGAGGGUCCAGAAUCACCUUAUCCUUCAGAUCUACGACUUCAAUGGCUCCACUUGGCUCCCUGUUGAGCAUCUGGACGUGCAAAGCCCCUCUGGCUGGAUUGGACGGUUUUCGCCACCAGAUCCAGUUUUUGCUGAAGAUACGAAGAGCUUUUAUUUGCUGAUGAGUGACACUAAAGGCUACAAACACAUCCAUCAUGUAGUUGAGGGCAACGCCACAGCGAUCACCGCAGGAGAAUGGGAAGUUAUUGACAUUCAAAAAGUAACUGCAGAUACUGUUUAUUACUCCAGCAACCAAGAGGGUGGAAAACCCGGAGGAAGGAACGUUUACAGGUGGACCAAGGCAGAGGUCCAGUGUCUGACGUGUAAUUUAAGCAGGGACAACUGCCAGUAUAACUCUGCUUAUUUCAGUCACAAUGCAUCAUUUUACCUCAUGAGCUGCAGAGGUCCUGGUGUCCCUUACAGUUCACUUGUGGAUAACCGGGAUGGCACUGAGCUGAAGCGUUUGGAGGAUAACAAUGAAUUCAUCCAGCUGAUAUCUCACAUCCAAAUGCCAACCAUGCGUCGCGGCACUGUCAAGGUUGCUGGAUACAAUCUCUGGUACCAAAUGUUUUUGCCACCAGGCUUUGAUGAGUCUAAGAAGUACCCUUUAUUGCUGGAUGUGUAUGCUGGUCCCUGCAGCCAAAAGGUUGACUUUCUCUACAGGGUGAGCUGGUCCACCUACCUGGCCAGCGAGGAGAAAGUCAUCGUGGCCAGCUUUGAUGGUAGAGGCAGUGGUUACCAAGGCGACAAGCUAAUGCACGAAAUCUAUAAACAUCUGGGAACCUAUGAGGUGGAAGAUCAGAUAACGGCAGCCAGGGAAUUCAUCAAAAUGGGAUUUAUUGACAAAGAAAGAGUUGCCAUAUGGGGAUGGUCUUAUGGCGGCUAUGUGGCAUCCAUGGCUUUGGGAUCUGGAAGUGGUGUCUUUAAAUGUGGGAUGGCAGUUGCUCCAGUCUCCAAAUGGGAAUAUUAUGAUUCCAUCUACACCGAGAGGUACAUGUUGACGCCAGCUGACAAUCCUGUGGCCUACGCAAAUUCAACAGUAACUGCACGGGCCAAGAACUUCCAUUCAGUGCAGUAUCUUCUAGUUCAUGGAACAGCUGAUGACAACGUUCAUUUCCAGCAAGCAGCUGAGAUAUCAGAAGCUUUGGUAGAAGAGCAGGUGGACUUUGAAGCUAUGUGGUACACUGACAAGGACCACGGGCUGGGUGGUCCUGCUAAUCAGCAUGUCUACACCCACAUGAGUCACUUCCUACAAAGGUGCUUUGCAUGAAGUCCUCGGAUCAACGCAACUCCUGUACAUCACGCAUGAAGCAGAUUGUAUACUGUAUGUGCAACAAGGCUCAGUCUAUAAUGUCAUGGUAAUGAUGAAUAGUCAUCACUAUAGUCAUGCUAUACAUUUACAUAUCGAUCAACAAAACCAAUUUUAGCAACAUUUUGCAAAUCACAUACUUCACAUCCCAGCAAGCACAAGACAUUGAAACAUCGUUGAGAACUUGUUGAAUUAGAUUCUGCCGUCAAUGUUGGGUUCUGAUGUUGAUUUGAACAUUAGAUUCUGGUAAUUUCCCAACCAACAACGUAGCACCAACGUUAGACAACGUUGUCUCAAUUUACAAAUACAACUUUUUUGCAACGUUGCUUCUAAGUCAGUUUUAAAGGACAUUACACUGACACGAUUCCUACCACAAACAAUGACGCUUUACCUUAAAGUCUAACUUCCUGUCACUUCUUGAUGAAUUUAUGACUACACUAUUGGACAAUCUGAAACGUGGAGGCAGGAUCUGGUUUGUAUUGGCUCGAGUCUUUCUAAAGACAUGUCUAUCAUUGAGAGCACACAACCAGCCAUACACACACGGUUAUUAGAAAAUAUCAAUAUUCAUCAUUUGUGACAAAAUGUCUUAUUUAGUGUCAAACAAGUACACAAGUUAGAAAUAUCUUAUUUUCUUAACUUGGACAAAAAAAGUUGAUUAACACCAAUAAAUGUUCUUUCAUGGGGUGUGUAAAAAUGUCAGUUAUAACGUUGCUAUAUUUUAUUUUGAUAACUGCAUUCUUUGUAUGGGUAAUCACAUGUUUGUAUCAUUGACUUUACACUGAAACCACAUAUUUCCAAAGGGCAUGUUGAAUCUAAAUUCACAUUUCUUUCAUUUGACAAACAUUUAAAUUCCACAGUUUUUACUUGGUCUAAAAAGCAUGCACACAAAUGUACUUUUUUUCAGAUCAACAACUUCUAGGUGAACAUUUACAAUAUUUGGAUACAUUUUUUCGAGAAACAUGUUGUAGGGCUGAGGUUGAAUAAUAAACAUAAUGGUGGUCAAUAUUGUAGUAUCAAUGGCUAAACACACUCCAAAACUUUGAAGCUUUAACCAGUCAAUUAAGUACAUGACAAGUUAUGUCCUACUGGAAAAACUGACUUUUGUUACCAGAGGGAGGACAGAGGACUUUGAGACAUAGAAACCUUUACCAGAGUAUUUUAGGCAAUGGGUGUACAUCCACCCACAUGCCUUAAUAGAAAUGUGGAGUUUUGUGUCUUUUUUUUCAUUUUUUUUUCUGUCAUUUCUAAAAACCUGAAUAAAGAUGCUGUAAAAAGUUACAUUAGUCAUCCUUCCAUUUCCUAUUGCUUGUCCAGUUUAGGGUCACAGG